AUUUGUUUACAAAUGGUUUUUGAGCCGUUUUCAAAUGUUAGCACUGAGUUCAUCUCUUUCCAUUCUGAGUCACAUUAUUGUCAUCCAUCCAAGCAGUUCAAGACAUAUUGUUUUGCUCAAGCCAAAUUUCGUUUCAAACUUAGCUAAUAAACAAACCUGUUCAUGUUCGUCACUGACGUAAUUGCCACUGAAAAUUGACAUGGUUUGCCUUGACUGUUAGCUCAAAUGAGUAACCAAGCAGAGUUUUGAAUAUCGCCGUAUAUUGUCGAGAUUGCAGCACUGGUCUGAACGUACUACAACAAGCCUUCCCUAAUAAAAAAUAACCAUACACGAACGAUAACCCAAAUAAUAGAACUAUUCCGCAAAUGGUUUGGAUGAUACCCGGAAUAAGUCGUUAAGCAAAAUAACCAUUAGGGUUAUGUUGUUGGUCCGGUUGCUAUACUUGAUUAUUUUAGCCAUUUUAUCACAUUGACAGCACUGCUCAAAUAGUUGGCUCUUGGGUUUGCUCCAAAAAAAUGCACAUGGUAGGUAUAAAAACAAAAAGCCAAUAUCACUACUACAGCCACAAUAAAGUCUCCGAGCAACCGGUACACACGGUUAGGAACGAAUAUAAUAAUGUCGUCAUUUCGUGCUUGUUGAGUCUUCCGUCCGGUUCGAGAGCCAAGAGAGUCAGAUUACCUCCCUUUCUAAUUUCGGACGAAUAAUGCGUGUGUGAAGCAAACCGGCAUUGUAGAAGUAUAAUAAAAAAGUGAAAAAUAAGAAAUACGAAGUUUUGAAAGUUCGUCAUUGUAUCGAGGGAGUUUUCCAUUACCGCAUGUCGGAUGGUACCGGAAAGUUUGAAUUUUUACGAACGUGCAAAACUACAUGAGGAAUCGUCACAUUUUGUUCUUGUUAUUGAUUUCUAUGUGGAGUGCUCAGCUGUCCAUUAUGUAAUGGGGUAUCUACUAUAGAAGUGUUAAAUGAGUUAAUAAUUUGUCAACAAUUGUAUUUGUUUGGAUUUCCUUAUCAGCAUCUAUCAAUUCGUGUUUUUGCUCACAAUUAUAAUAAUAUUUUGUUAUUUUGUACAAGUAGUGGUAGUAUACCAGUGAUGCGCUGUCGGCAAAUGCACGAUAUAAAAAUUAGUAACAACCAUUAUUCGCUAUGGUAAGUGGACGCCCCUUACUGUACCUAUCGCUACCAAGUUUAGCAAUUAUUAUCGGCUUGGUGUGGUUUCGCCGAAAGAAAUCUAUUGGCUUUGAUUCGGGCGGCAAAAAAUCAACAGAAGAAAACGUCGAAAGUGCUGAAAUUUCUGAUAAAACAACUCACAAUGAAGACGAGUGCGUAGGAAUCGAUUUAAAACACACCGAAUCAUUGCCUAUAACCCCGUCAGCAAACGGGAAAGACGAGUCUGGUAAAAACCAAUCCUCUUCAUCAUCGUCGUCGUGCAGCGGAAAGUCUGCCCCUAUUGACAUUGUAUCCAAUACAAGAAGUCCUCCAAAGUUUUCAGAUCAACAGUUAGAUGCUGAACUUCUUAAGUUGAAGAUCGAAGAGUCGGAUAUUAGAAAUCUGCGUCUGAUCGAGGAACAGGACGACUAUUCUAGCUUCGAGUCGCCGGUUAAUCUACCUGGGACAGUUGAGCGUUUCCAAAAUUUCAACAAAUUCGACAAAUCUUUUGAACCGCAGAUGGAGCCAGUUGUUGUGAAAGCAAGUAUGACGGCUAAAAUCUCUCCUAAAAAUUCUUUUGCCACUGAGCUGAGUUCAUCAACAGAGUCGGAACCAUUCAACGGACCCGUCGAAGAUGCCCAAAGGCAGGACAUAGUGAAUAAUAAUACCGCUCUGGAAGAAGUCGCUGAACGUAAGACGGAAUCAGUGACUGCCACUGAUAAUGAUACUAUCAAUAAUAAUGCACUGGACAAGAAAGAUACAUUAAACGGUGAGGAACCUCAUUCUCCGGUUGCAAGUCCUCCACUUAGCGUAUGUAGUAUGCAUUCAGGUGAUUCCGGUAAGGGAUCCAGCCCACCACAGUCGGAAUGUGCACCCGUCACCAGCUACGAAUUUCUUUUACCGGUAUACCUGGUAUCGAAGCUGCUUGGUCGUAAAGCCAGUUUUGUUCAACUGAUCAAGGCUAAGACUGGCGUGAAUGUGUUAAUCAAACGGAAUAUUGAUACCCACAAGACGAAAAUUUGCUCACUAGAAGGAACGCAAGCAGAAAUCGAUAACGCUUUAGCUUUGAUUCGCAGGAAGUUUCCCGAGAAGAGAUUUUCCGCCUUAUCACUGCAACGGGUGCAUGUUGGCCAAACAGACAAUGUUGUGCCUUUACCAUUGAUUGACACAACAUGUUUCCAUUUGCAACUGGUCGAGGGAAUCAACAAUGAUGUGACCAUCAGUUCGAUUGUCAACGGAGGUCACGUCUUCCUACAGCAGCCCCUUCAUCCUUCGUUUCCUUCACUGAAUACAAUGCAGCAAUGUAUGAAUCAAAGCUACAAUAUGAUCGAAACGCCACAGCUACCUGAAAUCACUGAUAAUGCAAUUUGCGUCGCGGCCGUUCAGGAUAACUGGUAUCGUGUCCAGGUAGUUUCGCACAAUGCGGAGAAUAACAGCUGUUUAGUCAAAUAUUUAGAUUACGGAGGCUAUGCCAGUGUAUCAAUAAUUAACCUAAGACAAAUAAGAACUGACUUCAUGGGAGUACCGUUCCAGUCCAAUGAAUGUGUGCUGUCUAAUGUUAAACCUAUCGAUGAGUCUGGGUGGACUAAAGAAGCAUCCGAAGUUCUGUACAGCUUAACUAAAGGUUUAAUUCUUCAGGCCCAGGUGGCAGGUUACACCGCCGAAGGAUUGCCGGAAAUCUACUUAUUCGCUUCAUUAGCUAGAGAUAACGUAAUAUUUAUUAAUCAAGAGUUGGCUGCUCGCCAGCUGGCAGUGUGGGAGGAAUAGACAUGCAACAGUGUUCUUCGAUAGAAACCUCAAUGGCUGAUUAUUGAAUAAGUAGUAAACAAUGAAUGAAUCGUAUAAACAAACAUACAAAAACCUUAUUGAAAUUCUUGAGAGGAUAAGCAUUAGUGUGCUGUUGAAGUAAUUAUGUAAUUACAUAUUGCUAGCUGUACAAAAAGGAACAACUGCAACAACAUGUCAAAUGCUUAUAGUUACAUAUUGAGUGCUCGCUAGAGGAAACCCCUAUGAGUGCUCGUCAAGAUAUGAUUCAACUAUGUACAUCUGCGUAAUGAGAGAAAAAGGAUUACUAAAUGCAUAAAACAAAAAACACAAAAACAGAAGAAAUACAGAGCAAUCUUAUUCCAGCAAGGAGUUUCGAAAAGCAAAGUUUCAAACUAGCAUAUAGGUUUUAAGAGAACAUGUACUGAUUUGUUAGGAAUACACCAUACGAUAACUUUUAUUUUCAUGUUUUUAUCGUUUAUCUUUUCAUUAAUCAAAAAUUAGAAAAAAAUCGGUUUGUUUUUUUUUAACAACUUAAGAGGUAAUAGUACAUUUGAUUCCUUCUAUUAACUAUGACACGCGAACUCAGGCAAUAAGGUUUUAUAUAGCUUCAAUACUCGUCACACUCGAUAGGCUCACCAACGUAGCAGACAUGUCAGGUGUUCUUUCUGCUCUUGAAACGAUGUUUAUUGUUUUUUCUUUUUAUUUUAUGUAUUACAAUAAAAUGUAUGUAAAUAGAUGCUAUUUCGAUAUUUAGGUUCGUAAAAAGGUUUUUCAAACCGCAAUAGGUAGAAUACAAGGUAAAUUGCAAAAUCAGUUUGUUGUGCAGACUACUAGCAAGAAUCAAUCAUUUCGAGAAAUCAUUUUUAUUCGUUCCGUUGUAUCAUGAUUUACAGUUUAAAUUGUAACUUUAAGGUAUUCCUGUGAUUAUUAUAUACAAAGAAUGAGCAAAAAUGUAGAGAAACAUUGAUUUAUUUGAAAUGUUAGUGGUGUUCUAGCAAUCAAUAUCAAUAAACAAGGAACGUAAAUUAAUGUAUGAACUAAAUACAUGCUACUAAUGUAGAAGAAUAGUACAUCCAAAUACAUAUACAGAUUGUUCAUUUUUGUUUUUUUUUUUUAUAAGUCAGUUCCUCAAGAGUAGAUUAUACUGCAAAAAUAAUACGGUAAAAUCAAACGCAAAUUAGAAAACACAUCAACUAUCAAAUUAUAACACUCUGGAAUGUGCUGUUAGUUUGGAAUAUAUUCCAUAGGUAGCAUGUUUUAGAAAUUCGAUCAAAACCCAGUGUAUUGAACAAAACAAAUUACGCACUAGCAAACAUUGUCGAAAAUUUCAGGAUAAAAACCAAGCAGUUUCUUGACGCAAUUUUCUCACAUGUUUUCCGUUCCUAAUAAUACUGGAUAGCAGUCACAUGGGAACGUUUAUUAACUUAUUGAAACUGCAUCAUCUAUUUCACUUCGAAAAGUGUAUAGGUCCUACCUAGCAAAGAGUGGCAAAUUAAACGAUUUAUGUUAGGAAACCUUCCUUGAAGCGAGCAUCCUUGAACACAUUUAUUUUAGAAUGCAGCACUUGGAUCAACCAACUAUACUAAGGAACAACUGCCUUUAAAUCAAUUCAAAUGGUGAAAAUGGAUAUUAAGAAGUAACUCUGUUUAGACCACGUGGUGCACACAAAAGGAUACUAAAUUUGGCUGAUAAUCCGAGCGAUCUAGCGAAAAGGAGCAUUUUUGAUGAACGAAGGCUGCAUUGCUGAAAUAUUUUUUUUUAAAUCGGAUAAUAGUUUUUGAUGAUUUACACUUCGCGCUUUCAAUUUUCGGAUGAAUGUUAAAAUGGUUUUGAAAAACCUGUGUUAUGUAAAUACAAAAGAAAUAUACAUAUAAACCAAUUUA